ACAGCCGGAGCUGGGCGGUGGCGGGCGCUGCUGGAGCGUCCAUCCGAUCGGGAGGCGCUGGCGCAAUGGACGGACUGGAAGAGAAUGGAAGUGUUGUCCAAGUAGGAGAAUUACUGCCUUGCAAGAUUUGUGGAAGAACAUUCUUUCCAGUAGCAUUAAAAAAGCAUGGACCUAUUUGCCAGAAAACUGCAACCAAAAAACGGAAGACUUUUGAUUCAAGCAGACAGAGAGCUGAAGGAACGGAUAUUCCAACAGUAAAACCUCUUAAACCAAGGCCAGAACCACCAAAGAAGCCAUCUAAUUGGAGAAGAAAGCAUGAAGAAUUUAUUGCCACCAUUCGAGCAGCUAAAGGCCUUGAUCAGGCACUGAAAGAGGGUGGCAAGCUUCCUCCCCCUCCUCCACCUUCCUAUGAUCCUGAUUAUAUUCAAUGCCCAUAUUGCCAGAGGAGAUUCAAUGAAAAUGCAGCUGAUAGACAUAUAAAUUUCUGUAAAGAACAGGCAGCGCGUAUUAGCAAUAAAGGAAAGUUUUCUACAGAUACCAAAGGAAAACCAGCUUCCCGGACGCAGUAUAAACCACCUGCAGUUAAGAAGUCCAGUUCUCCUGGAACCACAUCGUCAGGAUCUUCACGAUUACCACAACCAAGUGGAACUAGCAAACCUGUUGUAGGUUUGCCUUCAGGUAAAGUGUCUUCAGUUAACAGCUCUUUGGGAACUAAACUUCAGACCUUAUCUCCCUCUCAUAAAGGGAUGGCAGCCCCUCAGACAGGUAAGAUGGGCAUGUUAGGCCCUCCACUUCGAACUGGAAGAAAUAUGCAAAAGUUGUAUGACUGUGAUACAAAAUCAAACAGUGCCAUCAAAAGACAUGAGUUAUUACCCAUUUACAAAACUAACAUCAAACCUCGAAAUUCCACACCACCUAGUUUGGCAAGAAACCCUGCCUCGGGUGCACUUACAAACAAAAGAAAAACAUAUGGAGCUGACAGUCAGGUAGCAAGGCCAGAUGGGGACUACACAUCUUCGUUUAAUGGUGGAAGCAUUAGAAGCACUGAAGGAAAUUCAUCUGGACACUUACCAAAAUUCUGCCACGAGUGUGGGACUAAAUACCCUGUAGAAUGGGCGAAGUUCUGUUGUGAAUGUGGCGUUCGGAGAAUGCUUCUAUGAAUAGCAACCCAGAUGAAAAAGAACCAGGUUCAGAAUUCUAUGAUUAUUGCUGCUUGGACAGCUAGAGCACUUCCUCUGGUUAUUUUGUGCUAAAAAUAUUCAAAAUAUCUUUACUGGUAAUUUUGGGCACAUAUCUUAUGGUUGUAUUAUGAGUAUUUGUAUAUAUGUGUACAUAAGCUGUAUAGAAUAAAUACCUGAUGAUAUUCCUUAAACUAUACCAUGCAAGGAAAUACUUGUCUUUCAGAAAAUAAUU